AUGGUUUCUCAUACUCUUCUGUUGGAUCUUUGUGAGACGGUUGGGUUGCAAACUGUUUUGAAGUUGCGGUUGUUGAAUGCGUGGGGUUCAUAUGGCUUAAAAGUUCCAACACUUAUUUUCAAUUACUGCACUCUUUGGAAUGAUGAGGAGGGAACUUUGAUUCAAGGGACUGCUCCAGCUAAUUUGACUCAACAUUUUGCUCCUUUGUUACAGUUGGGCAGGGUGUAUGUUGUGAGUGGAUUUCGUGUUAGGGCUGCUGGACCAAUAUAUCGUCAUUGUUCUCAUAAGUUGAUGUUGGUCCUCUCAUGUGAUACUGUUUUUGAGGAUGUUACUGGUUCUGAGCCUAAUUUCUGGUCAGAUGCAUUUGAAUUUGCGCCGUUUAGUUCUCUGUAUUCUCAAGUUCGCUCUUCAGCUUUUCUCACUGAUGUUGUUGGUGCCGUUGUUAGUGUUACCGGCAUUUCAUAUGCUACUACGUCAUUUGCUAUUGGUGGUUUGAGAGUUACUGGAGUUGUGAGAGGGGGGUUUGCAUUGGCAAGUACGCCUGUUACGAGGUGUCUGUUGAACCCUGUGUCUGAGAUGGCAGAAAUGAUUCGUGCUGCGUUUUUUGCUGUGAAAAAUACUGUUCAGUAUUAUCCCCCAAGGUUUGCUAUUGCGGCUGAGGCAGCCGCUUUUGAAGCUGAUCGUAUAAGGACUGUUGCUCAAUUGGUAUCCAUGUGCAGUCCUUCUGUAGUUGAUAACGCUCGGUAUCGUUGUUCUGCUCAGAUUAUUUCCAUUGACUCAAGUAGACAAUGGUACUAUUUAGGAUGCAGUAUGUGCUCUAGAGCUGCUAAGGAAUAUGAGGGCGGCGAUUACUGGUGUGAUGAGCACUGUCGUAUAAGUCCUGAACAAACUCAGAAUUGUUAUAGGAUACGUGUUAAUGUUGAGGAUAAAACUGGUUGUGUCGUCUUUGUUUUAUUAAGUCGAGUAGCCGAGUAG